AUGGCAGAUCCAAGAAUGAGAAGUGCUGCAAAACGUCCUGGAGUUGAGAUAACAUCAUUAUCAAGACCUAUAAAGGCAUCUGAUUUCACUGAAUUUGAUCUAAUUCUUUCAAUGGACGAGCAGAACAAAGUGUGUAUCCAUGUCGUUAGUAUUGUUCUUUGCAGGUUUAUCAUUCAAACUAGGUCGUAUCCUUUGGACCGUCCUUUGCAUACUUCCUCUGUAUUCAGGUACAAUUUCGUGAAAUCGGUUUGGGAACGGUUAUCUCCGAUGCUAUCUCCGCGUGGUAGCUUUGAUUGUGCUGCGAUGCCUGGUCGGAUUAUUGUUGCGGGAGGUGGUUCACGACAUACGUUGUUUGGUGCUGCUGGUAGUAGAAUGAGUUCGGUUGAGGUUUACGAUGUUGAGAAAGAUGAAUGGAGUGAAAUGGAGGAGUUGCCUCUAUUUUGA